UUGCUUUGGAGAUAUCAAAAAGUGGUCGCGCUAUGGCAAGUACAUCCCGCUCAGCUGGUGGUACACUGUGCACAUCCUGCGGGGUUUGUUCUGCUAGCAAUCGUCUUUAAGCAGCAGCCUGCCCGCCCGCUUCUGUUUCCCAAUCAUCAUUGCCCGUCAAGAAGCUGCGCCAGACGAUCAGCCGCCACCUGUGUCUUGAUGCUGAGAUAGCCGCCUUUCACGCAUAGGUCUAGAUAAGCCGCAUCGCCCUCAAACAGCAAGUCUAUUGCAAGUCCCGACCCCUGCAAGUUACGCAUACAUCGGUAUCCAUAUCUAGUAGGCGCGGAUCCCGUCCAAGAUUCAUCUCAAACAUUCACGGCUCCCCUCUUAAGCCAGACAAACCACUGCUUGUUUUCAUAUAUCCUCAGCGCUACCACUCCUCUCCAUGCCCCACUCUACCAACGACUCCACUUCGACACAAACGAGGAUGUCAGUCCCGUCGUCCACCUCGACAUGUUCCACACAUGCUUUUCCUAAGCAGGCGGGUGUCGCCAUAGUCGAUGCAAGUGCCGAACCAACCUCACCGUCGGCCUCGCAAUUUUCUUUUGCAUCCUCGCCCCGCUCCGUUCAAGGCAUCGAGCAGAUCACUGCACUUUCGCAGGAACGGCCAGGAACUCGGGGUACUACUGCUUCGCGCCGGGCGCAAUACUACGAGGGCCAGUUCGCUUACAAGGAUGGGACAGCAUCUUCCGCUCGCGACCGCGUGAUCAAAGAUGCACCCAUUGUUGUCAGCCUGAAGACAAAUGUCAUCAUUAAAGACGAAUACACUCUCGUCACCGAUCUCUCACAUCACCUAUCAACACGGUAUCAGAGGCCAGAGGCGUCCAUCAUGAUAACUGUCAACCACUCGGCCUGUCUGCUGCUUGGUGGCUCCUUCGAGCCAACUUACAUACUCACUAUCAAUGCCUUGCCUGUGCAGCUGCAACCUACGACCAACAAGCGCAAUGCUGCCCUGAUACAGAACUUCAUGUGCGAGUCGAUCGGUGUGCCAGCCGACCGGGGCAUUCUCAAAUUUGCCCCGAUUCAGGAGGAGAAUCUGGCUACGAACGGAAUAACCAUUCUUGGCGAGAUCGAGCGCCUGGAGCUUCAGCAUGCAGAGGAGAACGGCGGUGUAAAGCGUGCUUUGACGAAGAACUCGCGAAAACCCGGCGUCACCAAAGCAAAGAGUAGCAAUAUGCUCUCUUCCAAACUGAGCUUCCGAUCUAGUACCAUAGGAAGACCAGUUACCACCUCUCCGCUUCCUCGCCUUGGGGAACACGAUUCCGCAGUAUCCAUAAACGAGAAGAGCGAUGUUGAGACUGCCAAUUUGCACGCAGUCGACAGCAAGAUAAACCAGCAGAAGUCUGCACCGGUUCUGUCCAAACCCAGCAAUCAUCCAGUCCCAACGCCAACUCCUGCAAGCAAGAUCGAAUCAUCUCGAAUGAAGCGCAAGAGUCUACUGAAUAUCUUCCGUCGUUGAGCAACGCAGAGCACACAUCUGGAUUCUGACGGGCCAAGUAGGCCGUUCAAUUACAUAAAAGAUACCUCUCAAAUCAGCACUGCGCCAUAGCCUUGCACGUCACCACUGACCUCGGCCGUAUGAUGUGGAAAACGUGUCACCGUCCCGCAGACCAUCUCGGCUAUUUCCUUACCGCAUUUGUCUGGGAGUGCAUAUGGGCACUGUGGGGGUUUAUUAAUGGCAUAUUCGGAGUCGCAGAGUGAAACAUCGGCAUUACUGGCGUUCUGGGAUCGGGUUCAUGCAUGCCACGGCGGAAAGGCUUCACUACACGGGUUUCCUUGAGUUAUUGCGAUACCCUACUGUAUUUUCAUUUCCACACGCUGUUUGAUUAGAUAGGGAUGAAUCUCACAAUGGGAAUAGUCAAUAAUACAAUUCCAU